CUCUACAAUAUUGCACCUGUCCUCUUUUGAUUGGACGCAUGCAGCGUCGCGGCGAGGGGAUGGGUGGUCCUUGUCCACCUUAAAAGCAGGUGAUCCGCAGGGCUGUGGGUGCCUUCGCCGCUCACCUGGGUCGGCUUCCAGACUUGUCGGUGCUGCUACAAGCUUCAGUAUGUCUAAACCGAGAGAUUACAGCAGCCAGUCCUACUCCCCCGGCAGCGCAGGACCGGCCAAAAGCUACGCGACCAACGGCAAGAUCGACCCGGCGGGCAAGUCCAGGGAGAAGGACGACAUGGUUGGACUCAACGACAAGUUCGUCAAGUUGAUCGACAAGGUGAAAAACCUGGAGGAUGAGAACAAAAAGCUCGACACGAAGCUGAGGAUCCUCAAGGACCAGGAGGACUACGAGGGGAAGAUCGACGACAUCGUGAAGCAGCUGGAGAACGAGCUGGAGCAGCAGAUUGAAAACUUGCUCCGCGACCAGGAAAAGCUGCAGGCUGAGCUGCAUAAGAACCAGGAUGAGGUGGAGGACACCAAGCAGAGGUAUGAGGACGAGUUGCAAAAGAAAGCCGAUCUGGAAAAUGAUUUUAUCGUCACCAAAAAGGAUGUAGAUGAAGGUCACUUAGAGGCAGUAAAUCUGGCUCUGGAGCUUGAGGACCUGAUGGGAAAGCUGGACUUCCUCAGGGUUGGCUAUGAUGAGGAGCUGAAGGAGCUGCAGUCGCACAUCCAGAACAAGACGGUGAUCUUACCUGACAACAGCAAACGGUCUCUGGACAUGGACGACAUCAUCGAGAAUGUCAAGAACCAGUAUGCCAACAUGGCUGCCCGCACCAGGGAGGAAGCUGAGCAGUGGAACCAGAGAAAGAUGGAUGCCUUGGUCUUAAAUGCAGGACAACGUGAGCAGGAAGUGCGUGACUUAAAGAGGGAGAUCUCAGACAUGGUGCGCCUCAUCCAGAGGCUCAACGGGGACCUGGAUGCUCUCCUAAGGAAGGAAGAGUCUCUGAGGAAGGACAUCAGCAACGUUAGGACAGAAGGCGACAACAACCUGGAGAAGGCCCGGGAGGACAUCGUCCAGCUGGAGGAGGCCUUGAGGCGGGCAAAGCAGGACCUGGCCGGGCAGAUCCGCGAACACCAGGAGCUGAUGAACCUGAAGCUGGCCCUGGACAUCGAGAUCGCCACCUACCGCAAGCUGCUGGAGGGCGAGGAAGAGAGAAUGAACGACCUCAUGCACCACGUAGAUUUCUAAAAACCAACCCACCAAUCCAAGUCCUUACCUGCACGCAGACGUUCGCCUGCCCCCAGCGCAACUCCUGCCAGAGGAGCCACGAGCCCCAGAGCCCAUCUUUUUCCCGGCAACAUCCUUUAUCCCGCCAGUGUGCCCCACCUCCAAGAAACGCCUGCUGAUCCGGGUGGAAGUGGAGGCAGGAAGAGUCGUGUCCGAAAGCUCCCAUUACACUGAGGACUGACCGGGACUGUCCAUCACUCCUCCGACUGCAGCAUUACAGUAUAGCCCCAAAAUGUGAAUUUAAAAACUCCAACUAAGUUAAAUUAAGUAAAAAAAAAAAUCAACUCAUGAAGAAUCAUCAUGAAACUUACUUUUAAUGCAAUAAUUAACCUCUUUUGUUUGUGUGCUUUCUGGUAGGGGGAACAGUCUAACAAUAGCUUCUUGGCAGGUUGAACGUUUUUCCUAGAAUUUGUGGUUGAAGUUUCAGGCUUUUUAUUUACGCCUAGCAGAGUUUUUCAAAAAGGUUUUCUUAACUUGUGGUGUUCCUUCUGUGUAUUUUUUCAGCUUUCCUGCAGCUGUUUCUCUCAAAACUUCUGCGAGCCAAACGGGAAUAUGAUUUUGUCUUUUGUGAAGCAGAAAACCCCCUGGCUAACGGUGUAAAGGUUUCUGAAUGUGGCGACCAAUAAAAUAAGGACCUUGUGGGAUCAAGCCGGUGGUUAAAGAAAGUGUUUCUUUGCUGUUGGUCCACAUCGCGUCAAUAUCAGGAAGGAAGUACACAAAUUCACUUCUAUGAAUCACAAAAAUGCACAUUAAGGGGAAGUAGUGCAAUGCAUGCUUGACAUGGUUUUUCAUAUUGUGAUAACAAAAAACCCCAUAACUGUCUGCGGUUCAGUGGUGCGAUAGUGUUUUUCCUGCAUCUUAACCAAAGUACCCAAACCCCGAGAUUGUUCUCUUUCUCUUGCACGUGUCUGCACCUUGAUUCGUACCUCAAAUAUGUCAAAGUAAUCAUUAGGAAAAGCAGAAGACGUUACAAGGUUCACUGUUGGGGUGACAGGUAUUCGCCUCCCUCUCCCUGUCAUGUACAUGGUAUCCUGAUGUGGAAAACAUACUGGAGCGUGAUACCCCAUAUCAUCUAAUUCCUCGCAACAGUUUGCCCUUUAAU